AUGGAAAGUGCAGCUCAAAUUGCUAAAGAAAGGACCUACAAGAUUAUCAGCUGAGAGAAGUCUAUCCUGACCAUGAGUAAAGAGCAAGACUAUAAAAGAUGUCUCGAUGUUAAUGCUAAUAUUCCUGCAGAAAAAAUGGAUGCUAAGCCAUUGGGUUCAAACAAUCAAAAUAUGAUAAGAGCUUCUGAAUUGCGUCUAGAUUUUCUUCAUGAUAAAAAUAAGAAAUUUACACGAAAACUAAAAUUUUGCAAAUUAUUCGAUACAUAUACAAUCAGAUUAUAUGAUAUUAGCACGAAGAAUAAGAAAAUUUUAGAAUUUUGAGCUCUCUCAUUUCCAGAUACAGUUGAUGUACUUUAUACCUCCCCCUUAUUUAACACAAAGCCGGAUCGUUCUGCUUACUUCAAACUUUUAAUCAGAAGUAGCUAUAAAGUAAUGAGAAAAUUAUUUCUUAACAGAUUCACACUGAACAUCUGCCAACUGAAGCGAUUGAUGGCAGCUUAUAAACAUCUAAAUAUACUAGGAUUAUCUUCUUGCAGGUUGCCAAUUCCGAAUGUACCAGAUUUAUCAAAAGCAUUAACGAAUUGCAAGAUUGAUGCCCUGUCUUUAGAACACUCAAUAUUUUCUAAUAUUAAUAACUGAGAAAACAGUUUAGAUGGGUUCAAAAACCUUACACAAGGAUUAGCAGGCUCAUCAGAUUUAAGGUCAAGUCUUGAGAUAGUUUUGAUCAAAGGAUGCCGCAUAAAACUAACGGAAGCUAAAGAAAUUUUCGAAGACAACCAACUUGGAGGAGUGAAGAUACAUGAUGGACUCGAAGACCAUGAUGAAAUUAGAAGACCACGCAGAGUUAGGAGACCACUCCGAGCUAGGAGACCAAGGGACAUUAGGAGACUAUAA